AUGCAAUCAUCAUCUGAAGAUUUUGUAUUAUGUCAAAUUUGUUGGCAACCGGCGCACGGAAAUCAUUUCGGAGUAUUUUCUUGUCGAGCGUGUGCCGCAUUUUUCCGAAGAGCAAUUAUUGGAGGAUUGAUUAGAUUGCCGUGUAGAAGAGGAGAUGGAAAAUGUCAAGCGAGUAUGGAUGGAAGAUUUGCUUGUAAGAAAUGUAGAAUUGAUCGAUGCUUACAAGCUGGGAUGAAUCCACAUAGUUAGUUUUUGUAGAGUUGAAUUCUAAGAAUUCACAGAUAUUAAAGGGAAAAAUUUUCAAUUUCAGAACUACAACAUGGUCGGGACUUGAUUUCAUCAACAGAAAAUAUUACGAAGCGAAAAAUGAUAACUUCAAAAAUCCCAGAUUCAAUGGAAGUUUUUGUCGGAAGACCAAGUUUCCUGCUAUUCUGCGAACCCGAAUCAUCAAGUCCUCUGAAAAAAAUCAUCAAUGUAAAUCAUCUUAUCGAACACGCCUUUGAGAUUUUCACAAAAAACAACACAAUCAAUGUGCUGAAAAUGAACAGUUUGCAAAAAUUGAGCUAUGGUUUGGAGCAAUCUCGCAAACCAAAACUUGAAAAACCUAUAAUUCUACAGAAAAUUGGAAAAGAAGAAACGUUAUUUUUCUGGGAGAAAGAAUUUUUGCUAGUCGCAAAUUGGCUCACAUUCUGUGACGAAUUCCAAGAACUUCCGACUAAUUUGAAAAUUGAAUUUCUGAAAUCAAUUUGGAUGAUUUGGAUAAGACUUGAGAAGUUUGCAACUUCAAUAGAGAAUCGAAAAAAUCCGGAAAAUAAGAACACACAAAUUUGUCAAAUGACAAAUGAUAUUGAGAUUGAUAUUUUCAAUGUUGAAUUGGAUAUAACAUGGUUCACACAUUACACAAUGGAUCAAUUAGCAUAGUAAGUUUCGGAUUUCGAAACGAAAAACGAAAGUUAAUUGAAAUGUUUCAGCUUCAUCGAUCCAGCAGAACAUUUCUUUGUUGAAUCUUUAAUCCAACCUCUCAUGGAAUUUCGCCCCUCAAUUCAAGAAAUAACUUAUAUGCUUUGUCUUAUCUCCUUCCGACACGCAUCAAAAAAACAAAACGGUUUGGAAAAAUUCAGAGAAAAAAUAAUGGAAAAUUUGGCAAAUGAUUUGCACAAAUAUUAUGUUGAGGAUUUGCAAAUUUCGAAUUAUGCAGGAAGAAUGGCAAAAAUGUUGAGAAUUUGUCGAGAAUUUGAGAAAGAUCUCAAUCAAAGAAUAGAAAAAUCAGAAAUUGCAAAACUUUUUGAUAUUUUUUAUGUGGACUUUUCGCAGCCCGAUAUGUUUUGUGGAUUGCAAUAG